AUGGAAUCAUUAUCAAAAUAUAAAUUAGUAUUUUUAGGAGAUCAAUCUGUUGGUAAAACAUCAAUUAUUACACGUUUUAUGUAUGAUACAUUUGAUAUUACAUAUCAAGCAACCAUUGGUAUAGAUUUUUUAUCAAAAACUAUGUAUUUAGAAGAUAGAACAGUAAGAUUGCAAUUGUGGGAUACUGCAGGUCAAGAAAGAUUUAGAUCAUUAAUUCCAUCUUAUAUUAGAGAUUCUUCUGUUGCUAUAGUAGUUUAUGAUAUUACAAAUAAAGUUUCAUUUACAAAUACAAUAAAAUGGAUUGAAGAUGUUAGAAAUGAAAGAGGAAACAAUGUAGUAAUAAUGUUGGUAGGAAAUAAAACUGAUUUAGCAGAUAAAAGACAGGUUUCAAUUGAAGAAGGUGAAGCAAAAGCAAAGGAAUAUGAUAUUAUGUUUACAGAGACAUCAGCAAAAGCAGGUUUUAAUAUUAAAGCAUUAUUUAGAAAAGUUGCAUCAGCGUUACCAGGUAUUGAUUCAAAUUCAAUGACAAAGAAUCAACAUGAGAUCAUCUCUGAAGUCGAUAUUACAGAUGGUGGUAAACCAGCCUUAAAAGAAGGUGAUGGAUUUUGUAGUUCAUCAAGAUGUUAA